CAAAAUUAUGGCCAACCCACGUGCGCCGGGGAGACUUUGUAAUGGUCAAAACAACAGAUCGAAACCGGAGUUCAGACCAUUCAGAGAUUCCCUCAAUCAUUUGUUACAAUUUAAUCGACCUGAAACUGGUUGUUCAAAUUUCCUAUCAUCAGUCAAGGAAAUAGGUGACCAGAAAAGAAAUACUCCCAAUGGAACGAGUGAGUGCCCCGUCAAGGAUCCCUGCGAGUGACCGCCGAACAUCAUGAACAGAUCUAGAGGGCCGCAAAGCUUCUUAGGGCAUAGCCCGCUUACGAUUCCCUUUCUGUGCACAGCAUCCUCAAAUAGACCACACAAAGAUACUUAAGCCAAAAUCCCUCCCUGGUAUUUAAUUCUAAAUGAGUAAUUACUGGGUGUGUCAGUGUGUCUUAGGUUUGCAGGUAGGUCGGGUGAAGAAGCUCAUUCGUUCCCCGGCUUUUGAGAGUCCCGCAACCCCGCGAAGUCCUCCGACACGCCGCAUCGGUUGCAAGAGGGUUUUUCCCUUGGGAGUUGUUGAAGAAGCCAGCCGCGUAAGGGGGGGCGGGGGCGACCACCUACAGCUGCCAAGAUGUGUGACAUGGGGGGACUGGAUAACCUGGUGGCCAACACGGCCUACCUCAAAGCCCAGGGUGGCGAUGACAAGGAGAUGAAAAAACGCCGCCGGAGCUUGUCUCUGCCCAAGCCGGACCAAUGCGCUGCGGUGCGAUCCGCAAUCGAUAAGGACUUCACAUCCAUCUGUGAAUGGCAGCCUAUCGGCAAAAAGUUUUUCCGUCAGUUCCUGGCAACCAAUGCCCAGUAUAAGCUCGCAGGCGAUUUCUUAGACGAGCUCUACGACUGGGAUCUGGCCGAAGGCGCGGUCAAAGACAAGACGCGUCAGAACAUCAUCAACAAGUUUUGCAAAGCCGACUCCAAGAACUUCUUGUCCUUUCUCACCGGGGAGGCGGCUGACAAAUGUAAAGCAGUGACAGAUUCCAACUUCAGUGAGGUGAUGAAAGGGAAAGUCCAUGAAGGCGUGAGAGAGUAUUUGAAGGGAAAACCCUUUACAGAUUACCAGGCCAGUCCAUUAUUUGAUAAAUUUCUCCAGUGGAAGGAGUAUGAGAAGCAGCCCAUCAGCGACAAAUACUUCUAUGAGUUCAGGACUCUGGGAAAAGGGGGCUUCGGUGAGGUAUGCGCUGUCCAGGUGAAAAACACAGGCCAGAUGUACGCCUGCAAGAAGUUGUGUAAAAAGCGUCUGAAGAAAAAGGGUGGCGAGAAGAUGGCACUUUUGGAGAAAAAGAUCUUGGAGAAGGUCAACAGUCUUUUCCUGGUCAACUUGGCCUACGCUUACGACACCAAGACCCACCUGUGCCUUGUCAUGACCUUGAUGAAUGGAGGAGACCUCAAGUACCACAUCUACAAUAUAGGCUAUGACGGCAAGGGUGUGGACAAGGGCAUUGAGAUGAAGCGCAUCGUUCACUACACGGCCCAGAUCACCACCGGUAUUCUUCACCUGCAUGCCAUGAAUAUCAUUUAUCGUGACAUGAAGCCCGAGAACGUGUUGCUGGACAGCGUUGGCCAGUGUCGACUUUCAGAUUUGGGUCUGGCCAUCGAGAUUGCCCCUGGCAAAACCGUCUCCCAGAUGGCUGGUACCGGAGCAUACAUGGCCCCGGAGCUUCUGAACAAAACUCCAUACAGGACGUCAGUGGACUGGUGGGCGCUGGGCUGCAGCAUCUACGAGAUGGUGGCCGGCUACACGCCUUUCAAAGGGCCCGAGAGUAAAAAGGAGAAGGUGGAGAAGGAGGAGGUGCAACGUCGUAUUCUCAACGAGGAACCCAAGUGGGAGCACAAAUGCUUCGAUGCCACCACAAAAGACAUCAUCCAGCUGUUCCUCAAGAAGAAAAUGGACGAGCGUCUCGGCAUGAAGGACAACAUGGAGGAUCCCAGGAAGCAUCCGUGGUUCAAGAGCAUAAACUUUGCCCGUCUGGAGGCUGGCCUGGUGCCGCCCCCGUGGACGCCCAAGCCCAAUGUGGUCUACGCCAAGGACACAGACGACAUCGCCGAGUUCUCCGAAAUCAAAGGCAUCGAGUUUGACGCCAAGGAUGACAAAUUCUUCAAGGAGUUCAGCUCGGGCGCCGUGUCAAUUCAGUGGCAGCAGGAGAUGAUCGAAACGGGACUGUUCGACGAGCUCAACGAUCCCAAUAGGAAAGAGGGCAGCGGAAAUGUGGAUGAUGAAAAGAAGUCCGGCACUUGUAUUUUGCUGUAAGAGGACUCCUCCUUCAUUUUUCACAUCGCGUGCACACCUUUAACAUGUCCAAGUAUGGAUCAUUGUUCAGGGAAAAAAAAAAAAAAAAUGUAUAUGUUAGUUUUCAAGUUCUCAGGCUGAGAUCCACUGGCCCUGACAUUAUGAAAUGACGAUCGAUGGCAGUCACGAAAAUCCUGACAGAAGAAUGACAACAAAUUUAAAAAAAAAGCAAAGUAAGCACACCAAAGGAAUCUACUUAAGUACAGAAGUAACUACAAACCCAAUGCCAAUGAAGUUGGAAUGUUGUGCUUUCUUAUUUUAUUUAUUUAUUUAUUUAUUUAUACUGUUACAAGAACGCCA